AUGGCCUGCUGUUGGACAGACUUACAGCUGUUGAUGGGCCUGCUGCUGUUGACCAAGACUUCACAGCAUUUGCUGAUGGGACCUGCUGCUAUUGACAGACUUACAGCUGUUGAUGGGCCUGCUGCUGUUGACAGACUUACAGCUGUUGACAGACUUACAGCUGUUGAUGGGCCUGCUGCUGUUGACAGACUUACAGCUGUUGACAGACUUACAGCUGUUGAUGGGCCUGCUGUUGUUGACAGACUUACAGCUGUUGAUAGGCCUGUUGUAGUUGAUAGACUUAUAGCUGUUGAGGGUCCUCCUGCUGUUGACAGACUUACAGCUGUUGAUGGGCCUGCUGCUGUUAACAGACUUACAGCUGUUGGUGGGCCUGCUGCUGUUGACAGACUAGCAGCCUGUUGCUUGGUUCCUGAUGCUGUUGACAGACUUACAGCUGUUGAUGGGCCUGCUGCUGUUGACGACUUACAGCUGUUGAUGGGCCUGCUGCUGUUGACAGACUUACAGCUGUUUGACAGACUUACAGCUGUUGAUGGGCCUGCUGCUGUUGACAGACUUACAGCUGUUGAUAGGCGUGUUGUAGUUGACAGACUUAUAGCUGUUGAGGGUCCUCCUGCUUUUUACAGACUUACAGCUGUUGAUGGGCCUGCUGCUGUUAACAGACUUACAGCUGUUGAUGGGCCUGCUGCUGUUGACAGACUUACAGCUGUUGAUGGGCCUGCUGCUGUUGACAGACUUACAGCUGUUGAUGGGCCUGCUGCUGUUGACAGACUUACAGCUGUUGAUGGACUUACAGCUGUUGACAGACUUACAGCUGUUGAUGGGCCUGCUGCUGUUGACAGACUUACAGCUGUUGAUGGGCCUGCUGCUGUUGACAGACUUACAGAUGUUGAUGGGCCUGCUGCUGUUGACAGACUUACAGCUGUUGAUGGGCCUGCUGCUGUUGACAGACUUACAGCUGUUGAUGGGCCUGCUGCUGUUGACAGACUUACAGAUGUUGUCAGGAUUGCUGCUGUUGAUAGGCCUCCUGCUGUUGACAGACUUACAGCUGUUGAUGGGCGUGCUGGUGUUGAUUGGCCUGCUGCUGUUGACAGACUUACAGAUGUUGACAGGAUUGCUGCUGUUGAUGGGCCUGCUGCUGUUGACAGACUUACAGAUGUUGACAGGAUUGCUGCUGUUGAUGGGCCUGCUGCUGUUGACAGACUUACUGCUGUUGAUGGGCCUGCUGCUGUUGAUAGACUUACAGCUGUUGACAGACUUACAGCUGUUGAUGGGCCUGCUGCUGUUGACAGACUUACAGCUGUUGAUGGGCCUGCUGCUGUUGACAGACUUACAGCUGUUGAUGGGCCUGCUGCUGUUGACAGACUUACAGCUGUUGAUGGGCCUGCUGUUGUUGACAGACUUAGAGCUGUUGAUGGGCCUGCUGCUGUUGACAGACUUACAGCUGUUGAUGCGUACUUGCUGCUGUUGACAGACUUACAGCUGUGA